GCACGUCGUUCGCCCCGUUACCACAACCCAGGCGCGCCCUGCCCGCGUUGCCGUGGCACCCGCUGCCGCGCCGGGCCCGGCCCCGCGUUACCAUCGCGAUUAUAAAGGCGGCGCGAAAGCGGCGCCGCCCGAAGAGCAUCGGGCCCCGGGCCGGCGGUACCACCUCCAUCCCGCGCCGCCGGCCCGCGGAGGGCUCCCGGGGUAGGGGACACACACACAUAUAAACACACGGACGCAGCCCAUCCCAUCCUGUCCCAACCCCGGGAGCGAGCGAGCGAACAGCUGGCCAUGGCCGACGGCUUGAGGCGGCUGGUGGGCGCGGAGAGCGGCCGGGUGCUGCAGGAGAAGCUGGAGAGCUGGUACCGGGACUACGAGAUUAAUUCCUGUGAUCAGAAUCUGAACCGAUGCUGUGAAAUAAUAGAAUUGAACUCUAAGAUUCAAGGGCAGCUCUUCACAAUCCUAAAUGAAACAUCUCAAGAAGGUGGGCAUUAUGCAGGUGUGGAAACAAUAAAAACUCGUCUCCUGCCAUGGCUAGGGACUUGUUUUUCCUGUGCUUCUUCAGGAAAGCUCUUUGAAACCAACCUCUCUCUCACUCAGGAUUCAAUUGAGAGGGAGAGGCAGCUGAGAAAGCUGGCCAACAAUCAGAGUUUUCAGCUGCAAGAGCUGCAGGAAGAACUGACUUCAACUCGUCUACAGCUCAACCAUGUGCAACAAGAUCUGAAGACUUCCCGUGCCCAAGAGAAGGAUGCCCUGUGGAAGUUAGAACGUCUGAAUGACUAUGAGCAGCAGAUUCAAAUACUGCGGGAUGAGAUUUCUAUCCUGGAUGCCCAAAAGUCUGUUCUCCAGAGCAGGCUUGCGCGGAGCCGCUCUCCCUCCCCGAGGCGCGUUGAGAACAGGUCACCGAGCCCCCCUUGCCUGAGGAGCUGCUCUCCCGGCCGAGCCAGGCGGACAAACGCUUCGCGUCGCGCCUGCCUGAUCGCUCGCUUCGGUGACAUCUACGCUGAAGAACGCCUGGACGCAGAGACCCUUCUGAGGACGUACAUCAGUGACAUGGAGAUGGUGCAGAGAAUAAUAUACAUUGCAGCUGUGGAGUCUUUUCAUGCAGCAAAGAUGGCCUACAGGCAGUUCAAAGGACGUGUAAGAGAGACUCUGUCUCUAGGUCACUCAGGGCCUGAGUCUCUUGAAGACACUGUCCUGGAUUAUAUAGUUCGCCACGAGGAUCUGUAUGACGUUCAAGCCAGUGUCAAUGAAGUAAUUCGCUCCAUGAACGUCAACCCAAAGAUUUCAUUUCCACCAGAAAUUGAUUUCAUUGUGAUCAGCACUUUGAUUCGAGAGUUGUGCCGUAUGGCUUUUUCAAUGCAGACACUCAGUCCUCCUCUUGAUAUUGCCUUUGGUAUUGAUGGAGAACUCUUCAGUGAAACCAAGUACCAUCGUAGUUUUGACUCUGAUUUCACAGCUGCCUUGGUGGCCUAUCACGUAUGGCCUGCUCUGAUGGAAAAUGACAUUGUCGUUGUGAAGGGAGAGGCAGUCACAAAAAGAGGAGCUCUGUGGUCUCGCAGAAGUAGAAGUAGAAGCAGAAGCCGCAGCCGCAGCCGUAGCACCAGUCCUCUUGUGUCUCAUCGUCUGUCUCGAAGCCGCAGCCCUACACCAGUGAGGAGCGGAAGCCCAAGGCGUUAAUUGAACACUCUCCUGUCAUUCAGUACAUCUGGAUCCAACAACUUCACUGGUGCCUUUUCUCUUCAAGAAUACCUCAAAUCUCGCAAUAAUGUGAAUGGCAAUUGUCGCUCCUCCGCAUGGAGUUUGUGUUCAGUGUGUUUUUUCGAAUCAUAGAAGGCUUAUCUAUAAUUGUAGAAACUAAUUCAACCCUUCUGGUUUAAAAAAAACCAAAAGUGCAUGCAUUAGAGGAUCAUACUCAUUUGGCAAAAUUUCAGAAUUUGCAGAGCGGUGCAUGCUGUAAUCCUGCAGAUGGAGAUAGAAUGGUUGCAUCUAGAGUGUUUUCCAUGGAUACCAAAUGAUGCAGUUUAUCUCGAUAGGAUGUUUAAUAUAACCCAAAUGGUGAACCUUGCAGAAUGUUGAAGUUAGCUCUUACUUGAAAACAAUUUAAUUAAUUGGUGCUUAUUUGCAAUUUUAGAAAACAGCAAUAAUCUUAGGAUGUGCCAGUCUCACACAGCCUCCUCUUAAAUAUGUCCUUGCGGUAAACUGAAAUUUCUAACUACAGUGCAAAAGUUGCUCAGAACAAUCAUAAACUACCAAUACUCCAUCAACCCCCAGGGCUUUACUGACAUUUAUUUAUGAAAACACAGGUGUGAGCUUUAGCAAAGCAGUAGUAGUCCUUGUUAAAUCUCUUGUUACUUAGAAAGGAGUAUUAUAAAAAAACUGUAGUUUGGAACUUCAAGUGUUUUGAAAGUGUGCCACUGGUUAUUUGUAGGCUUGAAAUAUUUGCUCGAGGUGGCCUGUUCGGUAUCACUUUUCAUGGGCUUUCAUGCCAGACUGAUAGAUUAGUAAUUCUUGUCAACACAGUGAAAAAAAAAACCUGUCCAGUUAUCUCUUACUGUGGGCUUUUAUUACAUUUUAACUGUAAAAAUUAGAGACAGAAAGAGAUUUUAGUCUGGCACUUUAAAUAGCUUGUUCCCCCUGAAAAUGUUUAUUUCAAUAUCAGCUUUUUUUUGUUUUCAAGAGAACUGAUCCUGCCUUUCUCUCAGAACUUCAUCUGCAGGGCCAGCUUUAAAUACAAGCCACGCAAGGGACAGCUUGGGGCCUUGGGCUUUUACAUAGAGACAGGAUUUGUCAUAACGGAGCUGACGUGUAAUUCCUAACUCCACUGUCUCAUUCCAGUCAGUACCUGAUGAUUCAAAGGUAUGUAGUGUUUUUCCCAAAUUCAUCUCCACAAUUUUGGGAUAUAAAAAAUCAGGAGGAGGAAAAAUUCCUUUCUGCCUCCUCUUUUAACCUGCCUACGCCCCAGAACAUGACACUUCAUUAGUACUGAUGUAAAAACAUGAGCAAAAAUAUUUUUAUUAGUUCGGAAACUAUUUAGUCCUUAAAAUUAAGUCACAGGAGCAGAUUUUGUGAUCCCUUUCCAGGGAUCUUGUGCAGAUUUACACAUGUGCUCUUUCUGUCAUCUUCUUGUGUGGCUUAAGACUUUGGCACAGGUCUCUUUGGCACAGGAUCCCGUUUCAGGCAGACUUUAGCAUUAGUCCUCACGAGCCAUGGAUCAGCUGUGACUUGAGUUCUACAGAUGUGUUUUCAUUGGAGUUAGGCCCAUUAGUAACCAACGAGAGCAGAAUGAGAUCCUGGACAUUGGGUGUCAUCCCCAGAGCCGCUCUGAAUGAACUGAGGGGACACAAAGGCACAUGCAUGUUAUGUGGUGUAGUUUCUUGUUAUCUAAGGAAGUCACAAGAGAACACACAAAGCAGUGCUCCUUUGUGUAAGAGCCUAGUUGCUGAUCACAGCUAUGGAUCUGGGCUUGAAGUGAAACUGCAUAUUUCUGCACUGAUCUCAUGACUAAAACCACCACAGUUCUGGAAAAAACGAGCACCUGCAACUUGUGUGGCAACAGAAGAUAUUUGGAUAUCCCAAAGUGUGGUUUUGAGCAGAAAAACAAAGACUUUCUCAAAAUCUUGUAAUUACCAAGGGCUAAGGAGAUGUUUUUUAAAAAAUUAGGUGUUGUGGGUUUGUUUUCUGCAUGUAAUUACCCAGACUUGUCUGUAUUAUGAUUUUGAGUUGAAGCAAGUUUCCAUACCAACUGUGGGAAAACAAGGACUACAUGAAGGAAGUAUGUUUUUCUUGACAAGUGUGAGAGGAAGGGUAGUGCCAGACUUGCACACACCUGUGAUGCCACUGGGAAUUAGUAUUCCCAAAGAGCUAAAAUCGCCAUAAAAGUCAAAUUCGUAGUGCUUGGGGGACCAUCUCCUCUUACUCCCCCAGCAGGUACCUAGAGAACUAGUUACUCUCAAAGUAAAAGAGAAAACUAAUGAAGUGACAGCCAAUGACUUGUUUUGGUGGUGAGAAAGCAGCUUGAGGAUUUUUUCUUUUUUUUUUUUUUUUUUAUUGCAUAAUGUUUCAGAGCAGAGCAAGCCAUUUUCAGCAAAAUAGGAAGUCAAUCCACAGCAUGGCAACACUUAAUCAGUUAAACAAACCUUACUCUACUCAAUUGUACUCUGCAGCCUGUAGUCUUUUUAUAGGAUAUAUUGUUUUGUACUUGUUGCCUGCGCAGCUUAUUUAUGGGCAAUUAAAUCUCUAGGUCAGAUAGCAGGUUGCUUUUUAUGUCUAUUUAGACACUAACAGCUCCUGUGCUGCUCUUUAUCGCUAUAACAACAGUGCAGAGAAUGCAUACCAAUACAGAUUAUAUGGAAUUAACCAGCAAAUGCAAAAUAAUUUAUAAAAAGAGACUUCUGUAAUUGCUUUUAAGACCCUAUGAGAGAAUGGAUCAUGAAUGUGAAACAGAUGACUUGACAUUUUAAUAAGAGUUUUUAAAACAUUAAGAAAGAUUUUUUUUUUUUAAUUUUUUUUUUUUCUCCAAAUCACAAGCCUGGAUAAUGCCACACUUGUAAAUACAGCAAAGUAGAAACAGUAAAGGUUUAUUCUAAUAGGUGACAAAUAAAAAAAAAAAAGCCAGUAAGGCUUCUAUUACAAAAUAGGUUUAGAACAGCAUGACCAUGAUCAAAGUGUUAAUACCAGGAAAAAGAGGGCUUGUUUUUGAGCUAAUUUAAACUCUGUGCAGAUGGACUGAUGGAAAAGAGACUGCACAGGAUGUUAAAAAGCACCACCUUUGGGCCAAGGUGUUCCUGUAGAACAGCACACGUUUGUGAGGGACUUUGUGAUUGCUGGAGAUUUUCUCCUCACCUCUUUGAAGGCCAAUUAAUGUCUGCCUCAGUUCAAAGGCUGUCCCAGAUUCUGUCUAAAUGUAUUUUAUCACCUGUUUCUGGGAAAAUGCAAUGUCAUCAGAAUAUCUUCAGUCUUCCUUGUUCAAUGUUUGCAGCUCAAUAACAUAAAGUGGACGCUCGUGCAGAGCUAGCAGAUACCGAGGGCGAAUGGCUCAGCUAAAUUUGUGACUGCUCAAUGAAGAUUUAAAUUCAGAAAUGAUCUUAGAUUCUUCCAGCGUCCUGAUAGGGUAAAGAAAGUUGGGAGCAGGAGGUUGGUGAAAUCCUCCCAUCAGUGAGCUGUGGUGCUGAUUCAGUCUCGUAGGAGGCUCUGGAGAUGAGAGGUAAGUUAAAGCAAAAAUACACCACAGCCUGAAGAAAUUGAAUGUGAAGGCCAAAAAUUAUCAAGAUGCUCCCUGGAAAACAUGCCUGUACACCCUCCAGGAUUUAAGCCUUUUAACUUUACUCUUUUAAUAUGUAUAUAUAUCAUGUGUGUACUGCAAAAGUUUGUCACCCUGUACAAGUGCCAUCAGAAUUAAACAGUCUUUCAGCUUCAU